CAGGCCCAUGCCGAGUUGGCUUCACUGCCAAUAAGGAUAUCAACCUCGUUCUCGGUAUUCACCUUCAACUUGAACAGUGAACACACAUGGGCUUCAUCGGGGCCUCGAGUGCGGCCAUCCUCGCCGCGGCGUUGCUGGCGUCCCCAGUGUCGGCCUUCACCCCACAGCAAGCAUUCUUUGCUCCGCCGAGCUUCGCUUCCGAUCCAGCUCUUGCGCUUGCAGAGGCGUACUCUGGGUCGACGAGCGCGGGUCGUUUUCCGAAUCUCAAUACCCGUUUCGAGGUGACGUCCCGGAACGACAGCUUGUUUUGUGGCAAGGAAGGAGACAAGUACAAGUCUGGGUACGCACACUUUACCAACGUGGAUGGGAAAGAGGACAAACACUUGUUUUGGUGGCUUUACGAGGCGCGUAAUGACCCCGCGAAUGCGCCAGUAGUUCUCGUCUUUGGAGGCGGUCCAGGCACGACGGGUAUGAUGAGCCCGUUAUUGGGUGAAGGGCCUUGCCUUGUUACAGGCGGAGAAGACAACAGCCUCGAGAAACCCCACCUCGUCGCGGCUCCGUACUCGUGGACGGACUACGUAAAUUUGAUUGCUAUUGAUCAUCCCGUCGGAGUUGGUUUCAGCCAUGGAGCGAAGGAUUCGUUGCGGAGAACGAGUGAAGAGGCUGCGUGGGACAUAGACGAUUUCCUCCAGGCGUUCUGGGCUGAAUAUCCUGAACUUGCGAAGAAUCAGUUCAUGGUCCAUUCCGGCUCGUAUGGCGGUACUUAUAUUCCGAACCUUGUCAACGUCAUGCGAAACCGCAAUUUGGCAGCCAAGUCCGAUGCUGAGAGCUUAAGGCUGAUAAAAAUACCGGAACAGAUUAUGAUGAGCAAUGUCUGGUCCGAUCCUGCCACACACUACCGGCACUGGGUCUCAUCUGCAUGCUACGAUCUCGGAUUCUACAACCGCACCGGCUGCGAAGCCGUCAUACGCGACAUCCCCGCGUGCCUGGACUCUAUCCAGCUAGCGAAUGAACAGCCUACCAUCAAGAACAAGUACGAAAGCUGGUCGAUAUGCAGCGCAGCCGUCCAUCAAGAGUUCCUGGCCGGCAAGGACCCGUCGGACAACCGUUGCGAUCACGAAAACUGUUUUAUGAACAGCUUGUUGCGGCUAACUGAUAUUUUGAACGGAACUGACGUAAAGGCGGCGCUCGGAGUGCCUCAAGAUUAUAACUAUAACAUCACCGCCGGUUUCGAUCGUAUUGGUCUUCCAUUCAUCCUUGCCGGAGACCUUCAGCAACCCGCGUACAAGCUGCUGGGACCCGCGAUAGAGGAUGGCUUGCGUGUUCUCGUCUACAAUGGCAAUAACGAUGGUAUAUGCCCCCGAAGGGGCAAUCUUGCCUGGAUGAACCUAUUGCAAACGAAAUAUCAAGACGAGUUCCGUGCGGCUCCCGAAGUGGGAUGGCCUGGUGUCGGCUGGUUCAAGCAAGCCGCCGCCGGCAACGGAACGUCGGCCGGCAACUAUACAUUCGUCAGCGUGUACAACUCGGGGCAUGCACCCUUCCUCAGCCAACCUAAGGCCACGCGAGAUAUACUGAUCAAGUGGUUGAAGAACGAGCCUUUCCUCUCAAAGUAGCUAUCGCGAAGUUGUAUUCAUGAUCGGGGUUGGGGUGAUCCUAACUUUCAUGUUGCCCACAUUGCUGAUUCGAUACAAAGCGCAGUCAAUGGCACACUGAGGCGAGGUGAGAACCAUGCCUUCAAGCACUCCUUUAAGGUAGAACCCCCAGGCUACGUCUG